CACCACGAGCUGACGUCACCAUACCAAUCAAACGGGGGCCAGCAAGGGGCGUGCGCAACACAAGGCACGCGCUCUUGUCUGCGCGUGCGUGGAGGCGGAGCGCGCGCGAGGGGGUUAGCUCAGAUGAGCGCAGGACUGGAAGCACGCGCUCUCUCGGAGAGCGAUGAGCCGCACGCGCACGCCGGGGUUUACGUCCACGAUUUGUUUGUGUUUGUUUAGAAAGUAAAUAAACAAACAUUCCUGAAGGUGAGUCACGGACCCGGCGGUCCUCCUCGCGCACAAUACCCCCCCCCCCCGCCGCCCCCGGCCCCCCGCAGCGCGCAGCGUCUCGCGGUCACCUUCUGAAGGAACGCACCGAGAGCCCAGAUGUCUCUUGUUGACGCGUGAGACAGGAGGCUGGAGAGGACCAGCAUCCGGGCCACCAGGCAGCCACAGACCGGCAGUCCGCGCACACAUGCAGGAUGCCCGGAGCGCGCCGGGGGGUCCUGGUCCCGCUCAGCCCGACUUCAUGACGCCGUGGGCAGCCUCGUCAUGCGUCUUCUGCCCGAGCCCAGCGCCCAGUCCCUCCGCCUGCUCUUCCUCUUUGUCUUCGUGAUGGGGGUGACGCCGUCCCCGGCUCUCACGGCCGGCUGCCCCGACAGAUGCGUGUGCGACGACCAGCUGGUGGUCCAGUGCGCCGGCCAGGAGCUCACCGUGUUCCCCAGCGACGUGCCGCUGGCGACCCGGCAGCUCAUCAUCUCCAACAACCGCAUCGGGGACCUUCCGGCGCUGCAGCUCAACUAUCUGUCCGACCUGGUCUACCUGGACUGCAGCAACAACUCUCUGACAGAGAUCUCAGAGUCCACCUUCGGGAACCUGCGCAAACUCGCCUACCUGGACCUGUCGUUCAACACCCUGCUGCAGAUCGAGGACCGCACUUUUGGGCCGCUGGCGUCUCUGGUGAUGCUCCGGCUGACGGACAACCCGGGUCUCGGGGAGGUCCACCCGGACGCCUUCUCGGAGAACUUGGCUCUGCAGGUUCUGGACGUGAGUCGGAACAACCUGACGGCCCUAAACAUCAGCAGCCUGAUCGCGCUGCCCGCCCUGCGCUCUCUGGGGCUCAGCGGGAACCCGUGGAGCUGUGACUGUGACACGGAGGACCUCUGCCUGUGGGUGCAGAUCGAGGGCUUCAAGUUCCAAGACGAAGGCCAGACCGUUUGCCACAGUCCUGCCGAGCUGGCGGGCCAGCGGAUGGCGGAGGUGGGCAUGCAGCUGCGGGCGGACUGCCACCAGGGCUUGGGCUACUGGGACUACCUCUUCUUCAUCGCCAUCGGCUUCGUCAUCUUCUCGGCCGGCACGGUGUCGGCCUGGGUGAUGGGCGUGCUCAUGGUGCUGUACGAGCGCUACAGCAAGAGGAAGAGCGAGGAGCUGGACAGCGACGAUGAGGACGACCGGGGAGGGGCGGGGGGGGGAGGGGGAGGUAACCAGGGGAACGGGGAUCUGAGCAAACCUGGAAUGGAGGUGUGACAGACUGGAGAACCACAAGAGACUCUGAGACCACAUGGGACUCUGUGUGUGUGUUAGCGGUUUAGAGAUAUGCAAUUUGCUGUGUGUGUGUGAGAGGACGUUAGAAACAGCAAUAAGGACGACUAUGCCUUCACUUCAGGAGUACAGAAUGACCUCUGAUGUUAUUGAGAGCAAUAAACCCCAUAGACACCUACACUACACACAGACACACACAGCUAUCGGGGUCACAAAGACAGUAAUGCCUUAACUCUGCGUUUGGGCACCAGGAUGGGAUUUCCCAGAAUGCCUUGAGGCAGCUUCAAUGGUGAACGGCCUCCCAGACAAAAUCUGUCCCGUAUGCAACAACUAAGAAUGAACUUCCUGUUCGGGGGGGUUAGUCCAGCUUAAAGGCCCCCUGUGGAGUCGAGACAUCCUCACCUUCAUGCUAUGUAUCUGCAUGCUCCAGGUUCUGUCCAGAGCUCCAGUCCAGCUGGUGGAGUGGACCAACCCAACCCACAACAUCAUUUACAUCAUUCGUCUCUUAAAGGAAUAUACACAUAGCAGAUGUUGGUUAUGGGUCAUCAUCGUCACCUUAUGGACUGGAUUGUGGCGCAUUCGGGGACACCAGGUUUGAUCGGAACCACGUAUGGGUCCAUGCAGGUCUGCAGCUUUAUUAGAAGAGGGUUAGUCAAACCUCAACUAUGGAAAUGUGACAUAUUUAACUCGAGGAACAAUAAAGCUUCCUAAACCGUC